UUGGGAUACAUAUAGAAUUAUCUUCAUAGAAUCUAAAUAAACUCUCUAAAACCACCAAACUGCCACAGAAUUUUUCCCUCCAAUUCUCAUCCACUCGCUCUGUAAUCCUCUCAGGCUCUCGCACAUUUUGUCCUCUUAUUUUCUUUUCCCCUCUCCUUUCAUCCCUCGGUCCUUGAUUCUCUUUCCUACUUUCACCUCUCUCUCUUCUUUCUGAAACUUGACGAUGGCUGCCACUGUAAAUGCCGCAGUUUCGCUUCCAACCACCAAAUCAUCGUCAUCCCUUCCCGCCAGAAUCUCAACUACCCCAGAAAGAAUCAGCUUUAACAAGGGUUUUUUGUACUCCAGAAAUGUCUCUUUUAGUGGGAGAACAUUAACUGUCAAAGCUCAAGUGACUACAGAAGCACCUGCUAAAGUGGUAAAGGAGUCAAAGAAAAAUGACGAAGGUGUAACUGUCAACAAGUUCAAGCCCAAGAAUCCAUAUGUUGGAACAUGUCUUCUUAACACCAAAAUUACUGGCGAUCAUGCUCCUGGAGAGACCUGGCACAUGGUUUUCAGCACUGAGGGGGAAAUACCAUACAGAGAGGGGCAAUCCGUUGGUAUCAUUCCUGAUGGUAUUGACAAGAAUGGGAAGCCCUACAAGCUCAGAUUAUAUUCUAUUGCCAGUAGUGCUCUUGGAGAUUUUGGGGACUCUAAAACUGUUUCAUUGUGUGUCAAAAGGCUUGUCUACACUAAUGAGCAAGGAGAAAUAGUGAAAGGAGUCUGCUCAAAUUUCUUGUGCGACUUAAAACCUGGUGCUGCAGUUACGAUGACAGGACCUGUAGGAAAAGAAAUGCUUAUGCCAAAGGAUCCAAAUGCCACAAUCAUUAUGCUUGCAACUGGAACUGGAAUUGCUCCAUUCCGCUCAUUCUUGUGGAAGAUGUUCUUUGAAAAGCACGAAGACUACAAGUUUAAUGGGUUGGCUUGGCUCUUCCUGGGUGUCCCGACCAGUAGCUCACUGCUCUACCCAGAUGAGUUUCAGAAGAUGAAGGAAAAGGCCCCAGAGAACUUCAGGGUUGAUUACGCUGUGAGCAGAGAGCAAACAAAUGAUAAGGGUGAUAAAAUGUACAUCCAGACAAGAAUGGCACAAUAUGCAGAAGAGUUAUGGGAAUUACUCAAAAAGGAUAACACUUACGUCUACAUGUGUGGGCUAAAGGGAAUGGAGAAGGGUAUUGAUGAUAUUAUGGUGAAUCUAGCAGCUAGAGAUGGUAUCGAUUGGAUUGAAUACAAGAGACAACUGAAGAAGAGUGAGCAAUGGAACGUUGAAGUCUAUUAAUUUUUUUUCUUUCAGCAGCCAUUAUGCAUCAGCUGCUGAGGAAUGAACAUUCUAUUACUUACUGAUUUCCUUCUGGACAACGUAGAUAUGUAAAAUUGUAAACGUUUUGCAUUUUUUUCUUGUACUUUUAUAAUUCUUUUUUACCA